GCAAUUAAUUCAAUUAGUGUUAAUCAAUUAAGUGUUGUUGUUUACUACUAUAAAACUAAUUGACAAGAACUUUAUCAUUGAGAUGUUAAACUGCGUUUAUCCAGACAAAAUCACAUUGAUUAAUCUGACUACUGUGUAAAAUAUUAAAAUUCAUUUGAAAAUAUUGUGACUGCCACUUGAAUGUCUUUUAUAUAUGAGAAUAAUGAAAACGGAGUAUAUAUAAACAUAAAUAUUUUUGAAUAAAUUACAAAUUAUUUAUUUUCAGCAUAACCUAUCUAUCUUAUGCUUGUUUUAUUCACUGUGCUCGCAUCAUCAAUAUAAUCUGUUAUCUGCACUAACCAAUCAUUCGAUUUAACUGUGAACUUAUGCAUCUGAACAGGGUUUGAUGUCUAAUAUAUUGUGCGUGUACAUAUGAACUAUUUAUAUCUAAAGCACUAUUGUAUUAAGGAUUCAAAUGCAAAAGCUGUCUGUGAAAGUCCCACUUCACCAAGUAAGAAAGUUGUGGAUCGUCCACUUGGAGGAAUUGCUUUAUUUGGCCCACGAAAUGAAAUCCUGGGUGAGAUGAAAAAUCGACUGAAACUAAGAAUAACUGGGAAUUCAGAAAGCAAAGAAGAAACGCACCCAGUGACUCCAACAAAUAAUGAAAUUGAACUCCAAGAGUCCUCUUCAUAUGACAAUACCUCAUCCAACCGGUCAACUGAUUCCAGUCCCAGAUCAUCCAUGUACGAUGAUGCUGAACAAUCAGAGUUUAAGUCAGUAUCAGAAAUGUUAAUGAAUCGCGCACGUAAACCACCUACGCGUAAACCAACUUUAAAUCAUCGCACAGACAACCCGCAUCAACUGUUGCCUAAUUCUUCAACUGCAUCAAAUAGUGGCAGCCCCGUUGAUGAUAGUUUAUCUAAUAUCCAAGAUGGGUUAACAGAUUUUUUCAAUUCUAGCAGUUGAUGUCACCUUUUUGCUGUUGUGGUCCUUCAACAUCGCUUCAUUAUUUUUUUAGAAAACUGACAACAUUGUUUUGUCCAGUUCUUGUUACCAUGGGCUGUGAACUGUGACUUAUUUUCUACAAUCCCCUCUUCUUUUUUAAAAUAAAGAGAACAAUAAUCAAGUUCUGUGAUCAUUUAUCUGGGCUUUAUUUACAAAAAACAUUUGCCUUUUAUACUUCUUUGUGUAGAUGAUGGGUGCCUACGAAGGCGUAAGUUGUGAACAGUUUACUACCUAAAAUACUCAGUAUUGUGUCAGUUUGAAAAUUUCAUUCUUGAUUAUUAUCUGCUCCAUCUUCUACUUUUUGUUCUAUAGUAAAAUGGAUUGUAUCUACUGUGAUUGUGAUUCAGUUGAUUUAUGAAGUAUAUUAAUAGUUACCUAUUACGAUGUUUUCCUGAAGUCAGUAGCUUU